CACAAGCAUGGUGGACGAAACUAGUUUCAUUAUGGAUUAUUGAGAUUCUUUCUUCUUACGUUUAUUGAUACAUUUUGGAUCGUCAGUCUAAAAUGGCUGGGUUAGAGAUUCUUUCUCCCGAAGGACUACGUCUCGAUGGCCGAAGACCCCAUGAACUUCGAAAGAUCGUCUGUAGAAUGGGGGUUUUCAAGCAAGCGGAUGGCUCAGCUUACAUCGAGAUGGGAAACACCAAGGCAUUAGCUACAGUUUAUGGCCCUCAUGAAGUAACAAACAAAUCUAAAAUCCUACACGACCGAGUGCUGCUAAAUUGUCAGUUUAGUAUGGCGACGUUUAGCACAGGAGAACGAAAGAAAAGACCAAAAGGAGACAGAAAAUCCACAGAGACGUCUAUGCUUAUAAGGCGCACAUUCGACGCCGCUAUUCUAACACAGAUGUACCCUCGCUCACAGAUAGACAUUUAUGUGCAGAUUCUUCAGGCUGAUGGUUCAAACCAAAGUGCUUGCAUCAAUGCAGCUACCUUAGCUCUCAUAGAUGCUGGAAUUCCAAUGAAGGAUUAUGUCAGUGCUUGCACAGUUAGUUUUGUCAAUGACCAACCAUUGAUGGAUGUUAACUACUUGGAAGAAAGCUUUGGAGGCCCACAACUAAGUCUGGCUGUGUUACCAAAGUCUGGAAACAUUGUCAUGUUCCAAAUGGAUUCUAGACUUCAUAUUGAUAACUUGGAAAAAGUCCUGGAAUUGGCAAAGAAAGGAUGUAGUGAUAUCCAUGUCUUACUUCGACAAACUGUGCGUGACUAUUCUCAAGAGUGUGUGUCCACUUUAGCCAGUAAUUAAAAUCUCAUCCUAGACUUAAUAAGUUCUAAGGCUCUUAGACUGCCUUUUUUUUCUUCCAAAAGGAAUUACGAACUAGACAUCUUACUGACGAAAAGCAGAAGUUCUCAUUUGCAACCAGUCCCAUUAGGUCAGUAUUGAACGUUCAGUGGCCAAUCUAGAAGAAGGGUCUGGGGGGUCUGCAACCUUAACGCGGUAAUAUCUGGUCGAAUUAUUUUUCUUCCAUUAUCAUCAGCAGCAGACACAGCAUCUAGAAAGUCUAUCACCUCUUCGUAAAGGACUUUGUCUGCCAUUGUGAAAAACUCUCCUUAAUGGAUCAGAAAAUCAGGUAAAAUGCUGCCUUCUUGGAACGAUUCGUCAAAACAGCUGGUUAUGCCUGCAGUGUACUGCGUCAUGUAGUUGUUUUUUGUGGCACUAUGAACAACAUCUUCUGAGUAAAGCUUCGGAGCUCAACCUAAAUCCACUUUCGUGUGAAGCUUCUUUGAAAUUUGCGGAAAGAACGAUUCCUCAGUGACCACCGCGUGCAGAACGAAUAUGGCUCCACCCGGGGAAAGCUUCUGGAAACAGCUUCGCAACGAUUAUUCAACGUCCACAUAGUACAGAGAGGCCACAAAAUGAAUUGUAUCGAAGCUCUCCACGUUAGGAAAAGACUCGAUGAACUUCUUCAAGGUGAUCUUGCACCAAUCGAACGACACAUUAGCUGAACUUGCGGCUUGCGGCCAAGGUGUGGUCGAUGCCGUAAACUCUGCUGUAAUUUCUUGGUUCGGCUCUAUGAUAACAGAAUGUAUGGACGGCUUUUUCAUCUGAUGAGACUUUCCUAAAACGUUGGAAAUGCAAGGGUGAAUUCGUAAGUCGGUUUUACCCCUGCAUCUUCCCACUCCAAAAACUCGAAACAAGGGGUUUCCCUUUAAAUGAUCGGUGAUUUUAUUUAGUUACAUGGGAGGCGACCCCUUCCACAGAGUCAGUCAUUGCAUCUGUGUACGUUAGUUUGCUGAUAAAACUCUUGUUAUAUUGUAUAUUUAUAUAGGGCCACCUGAAAAAGACGGUCCUUUUUCAAAUAAGUUUAAAAAAUUUCUUGGCGAGUUAGGUUUUAUACAGGGUUUACUUACGGAAAGGGGCGCGAUGGGAAGGGGGCGGGGUCCUGAGGUGCUCAUCACCUUAUGAACUCUCCUUGUGGAAUAAAUUUUCUUACCUUGUUUGAGUCAAAAAUUUAAACCUGGUAUGAAUGAAUGAAUUCGAAGAAUCUACGUCUCUACUCCACUGAGUAGUUCUUCAUUGACCACUUCCUGCGUAACACUCCAUUUGCCUGCCCUUCUUGUUGUAAGAAUAUGAGCCUACGGAUACACAAGGUCAGGAGCCCAUUACUUGAUGGGCUCCUGACAAGGUAGAACAUGCGGUGUCAACCAAUUCAAGUCAGGCGCGUAGAAAUUUAUAACCUUGAAUCCCCUUUCUCAGCUUUGCCCUUUUGAUGGAUCAAAGUUAUUGUUAUUUUAUUCGUAAUUAUUGCAUAAUAAACAUUUUCCACGAU